AUGUGCGACUCCGGACCCCUCACCCGCCCCACAGGAUUGGGAAUCUCCCCUACACUCGACCCCACUCCUGCUUGCGACAUCGGACCUUCAAUCAACCUUCCCACAGUAGCUGGCGCAGGGAGUGGUGCAGGAGGUGGUGGAAGUGGCCAUACCUCACGUCCCAGCGUCAAUUCACGACCACCAACCACCGAGUCCAGAAAGCGCAAUUCCUUGAUUGCCGGCCUCGACAACUCACCUGGCAGUGUCGAUUCGGCUGAAUUCGAUGGGACAGAGAGUGGCCAACAGCAGGAGGAGGAGAGGAGACACCCGAUAAAGAGAGCUUGUAAUGAGUGUCGUCAGCAGAAACUUCGAUGCGACGUCGUUCAAGAUCCUUUCACCAUCUGCUCAAGAUGUCGCAGACUCAAUCUCUCAUGCAAGGUGCAAGAAAAUUUCAAGCGAGUUGGCAAGCGAUCUCGCAAUGCAGAAAUGGAAAGGGAGAUCGUCAAGCUGAGGAAGCAAUUAGCCGAGCAAAGUACUCCUACCACGAUCAAUGGAUUGACAACUCCGAACGCGACUCAAGCAGCCACAUAUGCGUCUGAAGAUCAAUAUGGGGCGAACGAGGCCGCCGUCGAAGGGCUCAUGGUUCUGAGCGGAGGGUUGAACACCUUGAAGAGGAUCGAAGAUGUUCUGGUACCGCAGGAUUGCGUAGCCGAACUAUUCAACACGCAAGUGUUUCACCGUGUCGUUGAUGUGGAUUCGUAG